UCUCCGGCUUCCGGCAACUCCGCGGGACCCGAACCUGCGCAGAGCACCUGAGGCCGGAGCCUUCCCGGGACCGGCUGGACGCCGAGCCCCUCGGCGAGAUGAGAAAACUGAGGCCCCGAGGAGCCCACAGUCCCACACCGAGGAGAAGCAGAAUCGGGAAUCAAACCCAGAACUCUGCAAAUUUUCUUCUUAAUUGGGAGAAGAUCCACUGGCUGAAUGGCAGCUGUAGAUGACUUGCAGUUUGAAGAAUUUGGUGAUGCAGCCACUUCUCCAGCAGCAAAUCCAGGUGCUACUACGAUACACAUCGAAGGUCCUAGUGAAAGCCCGACACACCAACGAGGACUCCCAAGAGGUUCAGGGGGAGAAGAGGAUGAUGAGUUGCUGGGAAAUGAUGACUCUGACAAAACUGAGUUACUUGCUGGACAGAAGAAAAGCUCCCCCUUCUGGACAUUUGAAUACUAUCAAACAUUCUUUGAUGUAGACACUUAUCAGGUCUUUGACAGAAUAAAAGGGUCUCUUUUGCCCAUACCAGGAAAAAACUUUGUGAGGCUGUAUAUCCGCAGCAAUCCAGAUCUUUAUGGCCCCUUUUGGAUAUGCGCCACACUGGUCUUUGCCAUAGCGAUUAGUGGGAAUCUUUCCAACUUCUUAAUCCAUCUGGGAGAGAAGACAUACCAUUAUGUGCCCGAAUUCCGAAAAGUGUCCAUAGCAGCCACCAUCAUCUAUGCCUACGCCUGGCUGGUUCCUCUUGCACUCUGGGGUUUCCUCAUGUGGAGAAACAGCAAAGUUAUGAACAUCGUUUCCUAUUCGUUUUUGGAGAUUGUGUGUGUCUAUGGAUAUUCGCUCUUCAUUUAUAUCCCCACAGCUGUACUGUGGGUUAUCCCCCAGAAGGCUGUUCGUUGGAUUCUAGUCAUGAUUGCCCUGGGUAUCUCAGGCUCUGUCUUGGCAAUGACUUUUUGGCCAGCUGUUCGUGAGGAUAACCGGCGCAUCGCAUUGGCCACAAUUGUGACAAUUGUGUUGCUUCACACACUGCUCUCUGUGGGCUGCUUGGCAUACUUUUUUGAUGCACCAGAGAUGGACCAUCACCUCCCAGCAACUACAGCUGCUCCAAACCAAACAGCUGCUGCAGCCAAGUAACUAAAGAGGAAAUUUUCUUUUCUAUUUUUUGGAGUGUGGUUCUUUCGGCCAUGGCAUCUACUGCAGGAAAGCAGAAUGACCAAGCCACAGGAAAACUGAUGGGAUGGCACCACCCUCUGGCAUCUAAAAGGGGCCACAUUGAAGUCUAAUCACCUAAUUUAACAAACAGUAAUUAAAUGUUAUUCAGUACAUGUGUCUUUCAGCUCUUCUUUCUCACCUGUCAGUUAUCAUCAGAACUAUAUACACUGAUUUGGAACAAAAUACAAGGGAACGCGGUAGUUGUGCCUUCCAUUUGCCUCUCUCUGUCAUAUGACAUGCUUCAUGUUAGGUCCGCCCUUACUUACUGUGUGAGUGGAUCCAUCCUAACUUGGGAGGACUUUCUUCUGAAUUGUGUACAGAUGUUCCUCUAAGGUGGUCCUCUUCUCUCCAAAUGCUUGCCAUCCUACAGUGGCCAAAAUGUAUGGACUUUGGUUUGAAUUCAUUGGGAGCCUGAAAAUUUGUCUUUGGUGACUUGACGCUGGGCAACCGAACCUAAUUAUUGCAAAAUAAAUACCUCAUAGAAUGUC